UCAGCCGGCGCUGCCCCAGCGCCAGAGCGAGUUCGAGCCCGAGCCAUGGCGGAGACGGACCCGAGCUCCUUCGCCUCCGCCGCCGACCACCUCACGCAGCACCUCUACCUGCGCUGCCGCGUGGACUUCGGCAGCCGGGCGCUGCGGGGCACCGCGGCCCUCACCGUGCGGGCCGAGCGGCACGGGCUGCGUUGCCUGGUUUUGGAUACAAAGGACCUUCAAAUACAUAAAGUGGCUGUUAAUGGACAGGAGGCAAAAUUUGCUCUUGGACAAAGACAUAGUUUCAAAGGGACACCAUUGGAAAUCACUCUUCCUUUUGAACUGAGAAGGGGACAAGAUGUGAUUGUGGAAACUUCUUUUGAAACCUCUCCAAAAUCUUCAGCUCUCCAGUGGCUUACUCCAGAACAGACUUCGGGGAAGAAACAUCCAUUUCUCUUCAGCCAGUGUCAGGCUAUCCACUGCAGAGCCAUCCUUCCUUGCCAGGACACACCUUCUGUGAAACUAACAUACUAUGCAGAGGUAUCUGUUCCUAAAGAACUGGUGGCUCUCAUGAGUGCCAAUCGUGAUGGAGAGUUGCCUGACCCAGAAGACUGCAAUAGGAAGAUAUAUCGUUUCAGUCAAAAGGUUCCAAUACCUUGCUACUUGAUUGCGUUAGUGGUUGGGGCUUUGGAAAGCAGACAGAUUGGCCCCAGGACGCUGGUGUGGGCUGAGAAGGAGCUGGUGGAUAAAUCUGCAUAUGAAUUUGCAGAGACUGAAGCCAUGUUGAAAACAGCAGAAGAUCUGGCAGGGCCUUAUGUGUGGGGACAGUAUGACUUGCUAGUCUUGCCGCCCUCUUUUCCUUAUGGUGGUAUGGAGAACCCCUGCCUUACUUUUGUGACUCCUACUUUAUUGGCAGGUGACAGAUCGCUGUCAAAUGUUAUUGCCCAUGAAAUCUCUCAUAGCUGGACAGGAAACUUGGUGACAAACAAAACAUGGGAGCAUUUUUGGCUAAAUGAGGGACACACAGUUUACUUGGAACGUAGAAUUGGUGGACGGCUGUUUGGUGAACAGUUCAGGCACUUCCAAGCUUUGGGAGGUUGGAGAGAAUUGCAAAAUACGAUAAAUACACUUGGAGACACAAGCCCUUUCACUAACCUGAUCCCUAAGCUGAAUGAAGUAGACCCUGAUGUUGCAUAUUCUAAUGUUCCAUAUGAGAAAGGCUUUGCUUUGCUUUUCCACCUUGAACAGCUUCUUGGAGGACCAGAUGUCUUCAUUGGCUUCUUGAAGGCUUAUAUUCAGCAGUUUGCCUAUAAGAGUGCUGUAACUGAAGAUUGGAAGAAGUUCUUGUAUUCCUACUUCAAGGAUAAGGUGGAUGUUCUCAACAAAGUUGACUGGAAUACAUGGAUGCACACCCCUGGCAUGCCACCAGUAAAACCAACAUACGAUAUGGUACUAUCAAAUGCUUGUGAUGCCUUGAGCCAAAGAUGGACCAAAGCCAAAGAAAGUGAUUUGUACACAUUCAGCUCAGCAGAUAUAAAGGAUUUGUCAUCCCAUCAGUUGAUUGAGUUUCUGGCACUGUUGCUGCUGGAGGCACCACUUCCAGUGUCACAUGUAAAGCGAAUGCAGGAAGUUUAUAACUUCAAUGCUGUAAACAAUUCUGAAAUAAGAUUCAGAUGGUUACGCCUCUGCAUCCAAGCCAAGUGGGAAGAAGCCAUUCCUCUGGCUCUAAAAAUGGCUACAGAACAAGGCAGGAUGAAGUUUACUCGUCCCUUGUUUAGGGAUCUCUACAACUUUGAGAAAUCUCGUGAUCAAGCUGUCAGCUCGUUCAUGCAGCACAGAGUGUGCAUGCACCCAGUGGCUGCAAUGCUGGUGGCCAAAGACUUGAAAGCGGGUCAAGGACAGACUGUUUAAUUUCUUUAAAAAGUUAUGGCAAACUACUAAAACAACUGUAACUCUGCACAUUAUGCUAACAUGCAUGCUUGAUUAUCUAUCUGACUUUGUUUUCUGCUACUGUGGCAAUAAUUUGGCUUAAAUGGAUCUUCAAGAUGAAGUUUAAAAACUUCAGUCUUGUACAUCGAAUGAAAUUUUGGAAAACUGAUAAAUCUUUGGGAGAUGAAUGAAUGGCUCUAGUACAAACAAAUUAUAAAGUACUUUAAAGGAAAAGAUGACUUUUCUGAGAUGCAUUUGUGUUUGUCAGUCGUGUGGGCUUUUUUACAAAUUUUGGAUGAAUUUUUUUUUUCUUUUCAUACAAGCUUUCACGCAGCAACACACAGUUGAAGUCCUGAGUCUUUAAAUAUUUGGAAAAAAAAUCUUUUUAAUAAAACAGCCAACUUGUCAGGUCUUGUACAAUCAACAAGUCUAGAAAGUAACAAUAAAAAUGUCAUAAUAAAUAGCUUUUCCUUGCUGACUUCAAAUAUUCUGAUUUCUAGAAUAAAUCAUGUUGUAUAAACCUA